UUACGUACGCCGUACGCCUCAUGUGUGGAUCAACAUCUCUCAGAGUUACACAGCUACAGUUCUCCUUGAAGAUCUUCAGUAUGAAUCGAGACGGUUGAAUAGUACAAUGAUGCUUAUCGUACUCUUGUUCUUCUGUGGCACGAUCGUUGCCAGUAAUGAUACUCUAUACAACAUAAUCCCAAGUGACGAGCGCAUAGAUUUAAAAGAGCAGAAUAAAGAGGAUAGAUAUCCACAGAAUAGAACUCUGAACGAGCUCUUCAUGGAUGCUGUUCAUGCUUAUCUCGAGGAAGACUGGGACUACUGUAUUGAAAACUUCAACGCAGUUUCUCAUGGAUAUAAAUUUUAUAAACGAAUGAUAAUAAACUGUAGGAAAAAAUGCCGUAUAUAUGCUGCCGGUACGGCACCAAUUUUCCCAGAAAACAUUGAAGAUUUGCAUUUUUAUGAGAAAAAGGUGAGAGAGACACUCUGUCUUUUAACGUGCAAUCAGGAAUAUCGUGAAAUCGCCGGUUCAAAGGCGCUUAAAAUGUUGUCACGUGAUAUCGAACAAAAAUUAAUGGAACGUCGUGUUUAUGAAUACUUGCAUAACUGUUAUUAUCAGAAAAAUCGAUAUCAAGAUGCUGCCAAUGCGUUGUUUACUUUCUUAGUUGUUCAUCCAGAUAACGAGAUAAACAUGAACAUUUUUAAACGUUAUUUAACACUGCCAGGGGUGCAGACAGAAAAUGUAGUAAAUUUAGAAACACCAUUUUAUGUCAACAUCUACUUUAAAGGAGUGUCAGCUUACGAGAACGAAGAUUACGCGAAAGCUAUCAGUUUGUUCGAAACAUCAUUACAAUUGUACUUAGAAGAAGAAGAAGAAUGCAGAUUUUAUUGCGAAGGUCCUUUUGAUCAAGGCUGGCAUCCGGAAUUUACUUCCUCAAUCGCUAAUCAUUUUGCGUAUUGUUUGAAGUGCAAACGAGCUUGUUCACGUAUGUUAAACAAUGUAAAUGGCGAUUACCGCAGAGACAUGCUCAGGAGUCACUAUGAUUAUUUACAAUUCUCUUAUUAUAAAUUGGGAAAAUUGAAGGCAGCUUGCGCCGCAGUAGAAAGUUUUUUACUUUUCGAUCCUGUAGACACAAGAAUGCUACAAAACAGAAAAUAUUACAGUACUCAGCCAAAAGUAAAGGAGGAUUAUUUUUCUCCUAGACAGGAAAUCAUUAUUUACCUGAAAAGACAGGAAUAUGAAUUGAGUCUCUUGCAUUACAUUUCUAACGAAUUUUUAACUAUAGAUAAAAAAUUCAAAAAGAUAAAAAAGAAGAAGCAUGAAAAAGAAAUGAACAAUACUAAAGCAAAAGAAUUAAAAAAGAAAUCAGAUGUUGAAGUAAUACGACACCCAUCACCAGGCCAUUCGUUUUCUUACACGAAAUUGUUGAAUAAUUUUUCUAUGAAACGAAUUAAGGAUCACGAAAUGUUCGAUAUUGAAAAGCAACGUAGAAUUAAAAAUGAUAUUAAUACAAUAGCAAAAGAGCAAGAUCUUGGUGGAAUAAAUCGCUACGUAACUGAUGGUUUUCUUAAUUCUAUCGAAUGUGAAUCUUUAAUGCAAUUUGCUUCUAUAACCACUAUAGAAGGAGAUGGUUAUACUGAAAAUAAAAGUCCACAUUCAAAAUAUGAAAAAUUUGAAGGGAUAACUAUAGGAAGAGUUGCCUUGAUGGUUUAUAUCGGAAAAAUAGAACCAGAAUGGUUAGAAUUACUUUUAGAAAAGACCGAACAAGUCCGGGACAAUGUGGAUAGGUAUUUCGGACUAGAUCGACACCUAUAUUUCACCUACACUCAUUUGGUCUGCCGUACGGCUCUACCUGACUCGCCAAUAGAUCGAGAUGACUUGAGUCAUCAAGUUCACGCAGACAAUUGUCUUUUGAAUAGUAAUGAUACUUGUCUUCGUGAAAGUCCAGCUUACAUUUGGAGAGAUUAUUCUGCGAUUCUAUAUCUAAAUGAUGAUUUCCAAGGUGGAGAAUUUUUUUUUGCUAAAGAUCGCACUAUUCGUGCAAUGGAUAAUAUAGUUUCGCCACGUUGUGGACGAAUGGUGGCAUUUUCUGCCGGUGAGGAGAAUCUCCAUGGUGUUCGUGCCAUUUCACGAGGUAAAAGAUGUGCUUUGGCAUUAUGGUUCACUCAAAAUGAGAUAUACUUGGAAUAUGAAAGGAUAUUAGCUUUGGCAAUUUUAAAAAGAGUUAAACAAAUUGGCCCUUUUAAAGAAAACGACAUUCAAAUACCUCUAAAAUACGAAGAUAUACUUAUUAAAUAUGUUCAUAAUGAUGAAUUAUUAAAAUAUUUUUUAAAAAAUAUUCGAUAAAAAGAAGUACAGUUAAAUAGUUUGAUGGUAGCUACAAUAUUUUAUUAUAAUUUUUAGAAGUUUUUUUAUGAAAAAAAUAACAAUUUAAAGAAUAAUAUAUUUUUAUGCCUGAUAUUUAAAUUAGGGACCUGAAAAAAAUGUAUUGUUAAUAAUUAAUGCAUUCGUUAUCACUGUAAAAAAAUAUUUUGAUUAUAUUAAUUUUACACAAUAUUAAAAAAAUGAAAAAAAAAUUAAAAAUAUAAUGAGUAAAUAUAAUCAUGCAUAAUUAUCUGAAUACAAAAAAUUUGUUAUAAAUAUUAAUAAAUAGUAUUCAAUAUAAAAAAAUUGAGAUAUGAUAUCGUAUACAAAAAGUUAAUAUAUUUAUGGGAUAUCUUUGGACAUCGUUUAUUUUAAAGAUAAAAUAAACAUAAUUAUUCCUUAAAUUAUAAGCAAUUUAUAUUUAUGUUAGAUGAAACAGAGAUGGAAUGGUAUCGAAGAUAAACUCGUCUUCAGUUUACAUUUCUGAAUACUAACUUUUAUGUUUACUUUGAUCUCUAAAAUCGAUCUUUCAUAAAUAUCCCACCAUAUAUUAAUUUUAUAUGUAUAUAUGAUGUGUGGUAGCGAAGGUAUUAGUAAACAUGAUAAUGAACAUUGAUAAAUAUACAUAUAUCGAACUGUAAAUUCAAUUUUUCUGUACUUAUAACAGACAUCGCAUUAUUAUAACUAUUUAUCUUAUAAGUUAUAAACAAUUAAUUUUUGUAAAAUUAACUGCUUCAAACAAGUAUGUUUGCUUAUAUAAAUUUACUGUAGAGUAUUUUUAUAUUAUAUAUAUUAUAUAAAAUAUAUAAAAUAUGUGUAUUUUUUUUUUACUAGGAAUAGUAGAAUUUGCAAGAAAUUUGUACAAAGUGUUUCGUACUAAUUGUGAUGAAAUUAACACGCAAAACUUAAUGCAGUCCUUCUGGUGGUAUAUUUUAUUUUUAUACAUUUUGUAUUGUUUUUUUUUUUUUUCCACCUAUAUCACUUGAUUUUCUUUGCUUUUUUCCUUUUUAUUUUAAGCGUACAAAGUUUCAUUUAUUUUUUUUUUUUUUCUAUCGAACUUCUUCUUCGAAAUAUAAUCGUCUCUAUUAAUCAUAUUAGACCGGUAACUUAUUACAUUACAAAUAUAUACACAUAUUAUAUGUAUACAGGAUGUUCGUAGUCGCGGCAACUAUUAUUUAUUUAUUUAUAUAUAUAAAAUAUCCUAAUCUUUAUUAGAACAUAGACAUUACAUGUCAACAGACUUAUUACAUAAUCACUCUAUAUAUCGUGUAAUAUCGUAUUAAUUCUUCAUAUUUAUACUAUGUAUAAGAGUUUCUUAUGUAUAUGCAAUUGCAUUGCAAUUCUUUUUUUUUUUUUUUUUAAUACUUUUCUCUUUCUUCUUUAUUUCUUUUUCACACUCCCUCUCUCUCUCUCUCCAUACAUGACUUCAAGUCCUGUACACACGACUGCUUUUAUUUUUUUAAACAUAUCGCAUCAAUUUCGUUACGAAAACGGAUAAAAAAUAUGCGUAUGUACUGAAAAUUUAUCGUGUACUUAUACAUUCGUGUGUGCACGCAAAUACGUAACGUAUACGAAGUUCUGUUCAUUAGAAUCUGUUUGCGAUAUAUUUGUAUUUGUCAUCGUUAUUAUAAUAGUACGUAAAAAGCGAAUCGCAUAAAAUCUAAUCAUACAGUUUUAUCUCUGCGUAAUUAUAUGCAUAGGAAUUGAAAAAACAUAUAACUCCAGCGCAAUGAUAUCGAAAGAUGAUUAAAAAUAGUGAUUGAACCAUCUUUCAUUUAAGAUCAGUUCUUUGUUCGGGAAUUCAGUCAGGAAGAAAGUGAAUCGCGAUCAUAAUUAACAUUAAUUAUGUUUUGUUAUAAAUAUUUAUUAUGAAAUUAUAGUGACAUCUGGGUAUCACAGAAGAGCUCAGUCAAUUUUUUUUCAUAGGAACCACUCCAUAAUAUAUAG